UUUUUUUUUUUUUUAUCACUAUAUUCAAUAAACUGGACUAUCAACUGUGAAGUAUUCCAACGAUAACCACAGGGGCUUCUUUUUCUUCUCUUCAUCGUCUUCAUCAUCAUUCCUCUUUUUCUUCAUCCCCAUCCCCACCAUCCGCCUUCUUUUUCCUCUUUUCCAGGACGCAACCACUGCAGAGGACCCCUUUGCCAUGCCCUCCUCUGACCCCUCCAGCUCAAGGAGACCGCUUCUCCUGGCGGCGUCCUUCAUCUGCUCCUGCUUCAAUAUGUUAGUCUCAGGAUCGCUCGACGUCUUUGCUCUUUACGCGCCCUCGUUCACGACCAGGCUAGGCUACUCUCAGACAGAGACCAGCGCCAUUGCCAUCAUUGGCAACAUAGGUCUCUAUGGCGUGGGUCCCGUCAGUGGCCACAUGGCUGAUAAGCUAGGCCCACGUCCGACCUCGUUCAUUGCAGGGUGUCUUCUCGCUCUCGGAUAUGGUCUCCUUUCAGCAGGAUACGCCAACGGCCUCGACAGUGUCCACCACAACCAGCCCCCAACUCCGUUCCUGUUCAUGGCUCUGUACCUCUUCCUGGCUGGAAUGGGUAACAGCGCUAGCUACAUGGCAGCGUUUACCUCCCUCGCAAAAAAUUUCACACAUGCCCGUGGUCUUGCUCUAAGCAUCCCGACCAGUUUCUUCGGUCUUUCUGCCGCAGCUCUGACGCUGAUCGCACAUUCUUUCUUUGUGAUCAAGGUCCGCAGCCAUCUCCACAUUUUGGAGGACAAACAGGAACUGGAUACGGCCAAUUUUUUGCUCUUUCUCGGGUUGCUCGGUGGACUUGUCAAUGCAAUCGCCUUCGUCAGCAUGCGGAUCCUACCUGCACCAAACCCUAAUACCGCAAGCAACGUCCUGGACGACCAUACAAUUGAACCAUCGAUCCUCCAGGGAGCAGCCGCAAUGGUCAGGGAUGAAAACGAGGAGACGCCAUUAUUGAGGGAAGGUUCGAUCACGCCAACCAUCGCCAACGCUUCGAGCGUGGACUCUCAGUAUUCAACGGCACCUACUAGGCAUCCUCAUCACCAUCCCCGCUCUAUCAGCGGCAAGGCUUUCUUCUUGGAUCGAGAUGCACAGUUGUUCUUCCUAGUGAUGGUCUGUCUGACCGGAACAGGCCUCAUGAUCAUCAACUCAAUCACGGCAAUGGUGGACGCUGUAGCCGCCUCCGAAAACGCGGAUCUACCAGCAACUUUUAUAGGUCGUUUGGGCGAUAAAAGUCCUAUCUCUGCAAUACACGCGGUUCAUGUGGGACUGAUCAGCUGCUCGAGCUAUGUCAGUCGUAUCCUUGCUGGAUUUGGAUCUGACGUUGCAAUCCGCCGAUAUGGCACCCACAGAAUUAACGUCGUACCUAUAGCGGCCGCAUGCAUGGCUCUUGCUCAAGUCGUGGGUAUGUUUGCAUCGCUGCGGUGGCUCUACCUUUGCUCCCUUCUCACUGGACUCGGCUACGGAGGGUUCUUUGGCGUGGCCGGGAUCAUUGUGGCAGAGUUUUGGGGCGAAGGGACUUGUGGACAAAAUUGGGGUUGGCUUUCAUGGGGAUCUGCUCUUGGCGGCCUGCUGUUUAAUCUCCUGUUUGGCCUCGUUAUGGAUGCAGCUAGGCCAGUGGUCGAUGGAGAGCCUCAGGCUUGCAAGGGGCAUCGCUGCUUCCGGUGGGCACUUGUGGCCUCAUUUUUGGCCUGCGUCUUUAGCUGUGGGAUCAGCAUCAUUAUGUGCAUCCGACAGAAGCGGGGAGGGGCAUUGAGGAUGACAUGAUAGAGAUAAUUGGGGAAGAGAGAAGAGGAUCAUCAUUCUUAAUUCAUGAACUCUGUUCUUUGCGUACCCUUUACCCUUUACCGCUUUUUCGGUCUAUAGAUACAUAGACCUGUGCAUACAGUACAUACAUCAAGUAAUAAAGUAAUAAAUGCGGUAUGCUGGCUACACCAUGUAGUAAACCGUAG